UCAGCCCGCGCCCGGCAGCCGCUCCCAUGCGGCGGAAGCAGAAGCGGCUGCUGCAGGCGGUGGGGCUGGCGCUGGCCGCCCUCGUCUUCUUGCCCAACGUGGGGCUCUGGUCCCUGUACCGCGAGCGGCAGCUGGAGGGCGGCGGCGCGGCCGGUGGGGACGGGGCGGCCGCCGCGGGGGCAGCGGCCGGCGAGGCGCCGGCACCAUAUGUGAGGCAAAAGAAAGACCCUUACUUUGCUGAUGGACAAAGGAAAAAGGACUGGCAUAACAAAGAAGCCAUAAGGAGGGACUCUGAACGUGUAGGAAAUGGAGAACAGGGAAAACCUUACCCAAUGACUGAUGCAGAGCGAGUGGACCAGGCAUACAGGGAAAAUGGCUUUAAUAUCUUUGUGAGUGAUAAAAUUUCUCUGAAUCGUUCCCUUCCAGACAUCAGGCAUCCAAACUGCAAGAACAAGCUGUACCUGGAGAAGCUCCCAAACACCAGCGUGAUCAUCCCGUUCCACAACGAAGGCUGGUCCUCCCUGCUGCGGACGGUGCACAGCGUCCUGAACCGCUCUCCGCCCGAGCUGGUGGCAGAGAUUGUGCUGGUGGAUGACUUCAGUGACAGAGAGCACCUGAAGAAGCGCCUGGAGGAUUACAUGGCGCAGUUCCCCAGCGUGCGGAUCCUGCGCACCAAGAAGAGGGAGGGGCUGAUCAGGACCCGCAUGCUGGGGGCCUCGGUGGCCAUCGGGGACGUCAUCACCUUCCUGGACUCCCACUGCGAGGCCAACGUCAACUGGCUGCCACCUCUGCUCGAUCGCAUUGCCCGAAACCGCAAGACAAUCGUCUGCCCAAUGAUUGAUGUUAUUGAUCACGACCACUUCGGAUAUGAGACUCAGGCUGGAGAUGCAAUGCGAGGGGCAUUUGACUGGGAGAUGUAUUACAAGAGGAUCCCUAUUCCUCCUGAGUUACAGAAACCUGAUCCCAGUGAUCCCUUUGAGUCUCCUGUAAUGGCUGGAGGACUGUUUGCAGUCGAUAGAAAGUGGUUCUGGGAGCUGGGAGGGUAUGAUGCAGGUCUGGAGAUAUGGGGAGGAGAGCAGUAUGAAAUAUCCUUUAAGGUAUGGAUGUGUGGAGGGCGCAUGGAGGACAUCCCUUGCUCUAGAGUUGGUCAUAUCUACAGAAAGUAUGUUCCAUACAAGGUUCCCACAGGAGUCAGCCUGGCAAGAAACCUGAAGAGGGUGGCUGAGGUGUGGAUGGAUGAAUAUGCAGAGUUCAUUUACCAGCGCAGACCCGAGUACCGGCACCUCUCUGCGGGCGACGUCGCCGCUCAGAAGGAGCUGCGCAACAACCUCAACUGCAAAAGCUUCAAGUGGUUCAUGAACGAGGUUGCCUGGGACUUGCCAAAGUUCUACCCACCAGUGGAGCCUCCAGCAGCUGCCUGGGGAGAGAUACGCAAUGUGGGAACUGGACUGUGUGUGGACACUAAGCAUGGAGCCCUGGGAUCCCCACUGAGGCUGGAAAACUGCGUGAAGGACAGAGGAGAGGCAGCAUGGAACAACGUGCAGGUAUUCACCUUCAGCUGGAGAGAGGACAUCCGUCCAGGGGAUCCUCAGCACACCAAGAAGUUUUGUUUUGAUGCCAUUUCCCACAGCAGCCCUGUGACCCUCUAUGACUGUCAUGGAAUGAAGGGGAACCAGCUCUGGAGAUACCGAAAAGACAAGACCCUCUACCACCCAGUCAGCAGCAGCUGUAUGGACUGCAGUGAGAGUGAUCGAAAGAUCUUUAUGAAUAGCUGCAAUCCUUCAUCUCCAACACAGCAGUGGAUAUUUGAACACACAAACUCAACCAUCUUGGAGAAAUUUAACAGAAACCUUGAUCUUUAAAAGACUGAGAUAAAAUAUAUAUAUAUUUUACAAUUAUAGUUUUUACUGGGGAGGGUUACAAAAAAUUUUUUUAAUACUUUUUUUUAAACACUUAAUGAAGGCAAAAGGGAGAAUCUCAGGAGAAGGUUAACUAGCAGGCCAGUCUUUAUUGCGAAGAUGCUGCAUCCUUCUCUUCUGGGAAUGGUGGAAUUUAAAAGGCUUUGCCAGAGCCACUUCUGUGCUGAGACUGAACAGAAACUCUGUUUUUAGAGGAGUCUGAAUGUGUUUCAAAUGGCGCUUUUCAUUUUUUACCUUUUUUGUUUUAUUUCCCACUGGGGUCUAGUGUUAAAUGAUUUUGUUAUCCAGGACCCUGCAGGACUUUUUGUAGCUGCUAUACCACCCACUGAAGCAUUCCCAGAUAGGUGCUUUAUCUUCCAAACUCCAUAUAAGUAAAACAUUGAAGACAAGAUUUAAGCCUCCA